AUGAGCGACUUUCCUGCAUUGCCGGGGCUGUACCAGCUCAUGUAUCUCCACAUCGAACCGAUUUCGACCAUCUUGCCUGCGAUCAUGAUAUGGCUUUUCCCUGGUGCUACCUGGUUCCACCACGAACUUAUCCCCGAUGCUACGCCCGUGCCUCCCGCUGGGUUCAUGGACUCGCGCACCAAUAUGGCUAUCUAUCAGCUCGGUAACUGCUACUUCCUGCUCGGACUGAUCUCGACGUUUGUGUUCCGCGCGGCGCGAGACGCGCUGCCCAACAAUCCUGCUGCGCAAGAGCGUAUUAUCGGCGCCAGUUUCACAGCGUUGGCAAUUGCCGAUGUUACUCACAUGAUAUGGUCGUGGAUCGGGUUGCCAGCCGAUCUGCGUUACAACCCUCUCGCAUGGAAUUCGAUGACCCACGGGAACAUCACCUUUGUGAUUGUACUGUUAGGAGGAAGGCUUGCCUGGUUCUUAGGUCUGGGCCGCAAGAGGUACUUCUACGGGCAGCCUUCCAAAGGUAAGGGCAAAGCGACUUAG